AUGUCGAGACAGGAUUACAUUACCAGAGUCAGUUACAAGAACGACUUGCCUCCUCCAACAUGUCCUCCUCGUAUCCUAAAGUACACUUCUACCAUCUCAAACCAUGAUUCUUUAAUCAGCGACGGGAUUUUAUCAUCGUUAUUCAGAAAACAGAAUUUCAAGAAAUACAUCAACUUGCCUAAAGAUGGCAAUACAAAUGACCCGCUAGCAUUGAACUUGGAUCUCAUUGAGGUGCCUGAGUUAUUUGAACAAAGCGGGGCCGUGGCGCUACAUGAAUUGCCAUUCUCAAAGGGUGACCAGUCCAAAGGGAUCACUUUACACGAAAAGGAUAAAGGGUUAUUAAGAAACCCAGACUUUAAUCUCAAGAAAGAAGCAUCUCGCUCGCUUCCUGGGGGUGAUAGUAGACCAGGCGCGCCAUCGGUGGCUUUCUUAAGAAAGACCGAAUAUAUUUCAAAUAAGUCCCAUUUCCUCGGAGCCAAGAACCAACAUUCUCAAACACCAAAUAAAAAGAGGACAGUUGAUGAUUUGACUGCUGACGCCCAACUUCGAAACAUUGAACAGAGCUUUGAAGAAGCUAGUAAGACCUUAUCUGGCGACGGCUUCCAGAAUUUAAGACAUCCAAUAAAGAAACAUCUUAGACCAGUCAAGGCAUGGUCGUUAAUCCCUAAUUCUGAAAAUAUGGACCAGGCAUAUUUUUCCACCAAAUUUUUGGGUUCUGCUUCUUUACACAGAUCAAAGCAAGAAAAAAAUUUUGUUGGAGAGCUAUCUGAUAAAUCUAAUAACGGUAUUAAUAACCAUAACCCAAUAUACACAACCUCAAUUUUCAAACCAAUUGCCCUGAGAGAUGAAGAAUGGAUGUCAUUUUUCACCAUGGACGAUUUGGAAAAAUCGAAAGCUUUGAAAAGAAAACUCGAUUCUGUGGAGUUGGAUGAGGAAGAAACCUUCAAAUUCAAGUUCAAUAAAUAUUAUGAUUUGAAAUAUGAGGAUUAUGACACUAGCCAAGCAAAACAAAUUGCCAUCAGCUUAGGCAGUAAUAAACCGGGUGGGUCGGCAAACCUUGAGGCGAAAUAUUUACCAAUCCAAGGUAAAAUUGAGUUGAAAAAGAAAAGACUCAAUCCUGAAUCUCUUGCCGACGAUGAAAAUGAUGGUCCAGUUCAUUUUGAUCAAAUUCUCUUCACUGUUAGAGAAUCAACUGCCGAAGAAGAAACUGAAAGAGAUAGGCAAAGAAGUAAAUACGAUCCUUAUAAUUAUGUGGCACAAAUUGAUGAAGAAGAAGAAGAAGAAGGAGAGGUUGUUCAGGAAGAGGAUUAG